GAAAAAAAUGCUGAUACAUUUUAACUUUAAACACAUAUUGUUUGCCUAUUCUUUUACGAGGAUGAUUAUACAUCCCUUUAUUUUAAGUAUUAUUUCUAAAUAGUUCAAAAUGAAUAAAACAUAGAAAGAACAAUUGAUACUUAAGCAGAUUUUUAUCAAUGUGGAUACUAUGAUAGAAGAUGAGGACGAGACAGUAAUGUUAAUGUAAGUGUUCUUAAGUUUGAAAACAAAUACGGUUUCGCUUGAUGGAGAUAUAGUAUUGACUUGCACAGUAGAUGGAGCAAAGAAAAUCGACAUAAAAACAACGAGACAGUGGUCCAUGGGAGACAAUGACGAACUUUUGUGCUACAACGGCCGAAUAAAUAAUAUAAAAAAGUACGAAGAAAAGGUUCUUCAAACGAAUGAAUUUAGUCUUAAAAUAUUUAAUAUAACAGAAUCUGAUCUCAACAUAGUUUACCAAUGUCGUUAUGGAUUUUAUGCAGCAAGUAAAUUAAUUGAGGCAGAUGAAUCACACAAAUUUUUAUCAUUAAGAUUGGUAACUGAUUUGAUUAUAUUUGGAAAAUAUAUCAUACUGACAUGCACCAUAAAUGGGAUAAGCAAAGUAGAAAAUGACGUACCGAGACAGUGGUCAAUGGGAAAUGAAGACCAACUAUUAAGCUACAAUGGUAGAAUAAACAAUGAUAGAAAGUAUAAAGAAACCAUUUUUCCAGGGAAUGAGUUCAGUCUUAAAAUAUUCAAUGUAACAGCAGCAGAUGUAAAUAAAACUUACCGAUGUCGAUACGGCUUCGAUGCAACCAGCAUAUUCAUCAAACUAAAUGAAUAUAACUAUGUUAAUCCGCCGAAGCCGGCGUCUACAAUUAUAAAGUAUUUAUUGGACAAACAGAUGGAUACAAUUAAUAUAUCGGUUUAUUUUAAGAGAGUGUUUCCUCUUCCGAAUUGCUCAGUAAAUAUCGACGCAACCGGCUUUGAAUUAAUUGACCUACAACAGCAUGAUGUAGACAUGGAUGUUAACUUAAGUCUUAGUUUGCAGAGAAUAGUCGCAUGUAGCCGUUCAUUAAACAUAUCUUGUAAUGUUGCAAGAAAACAAUAUGAUGUAGGGUAUCUAAAACUAAAAGAUGAAUGUUCUUCAAAAGGUGCAUUCGAUGCAAUGAUCAUCUUACUGAUUAUACUGAUUUCUAUAGUUUUGAUUUUGAUAUUACUUCUAGUGUUAAUCAAACGAUUGGUACUAGAUGUAAGAAAAAAUCAAAAGAAAGAUACAACAUGUUCAAAGGAUCAGAACCAAACCGAAAGCAAGACGGAAAGUGAAAAAAUUCUUCCAUUGUCUGAAGAUAAAGCAGAAAAGAACCAAAUCGAUGACAAAAUGGAAAGUGAAAAACUUAUUAUAGUGUCUAAUGGUAACGAAAAUAGCUAUAAACAAUACAAUACUAUUUGAGUGAUUUACAUAAAUUGCUACAAGUGACACUGCAAAGCUAGUUUUGAUAUUAAGAAAUUGUUGCAAUAUGUGAAUCGGGUGGUUUACUAAUUAACUAAAUGUGUGCCGUAUGCAAAUUAAUAAAUGAUGCUCUUUUGACGAUUAAUGUGGAUUCAUUUAUUUUCGUCGGUAUCAAUUUUCGUGGAUUGAGGGAAACUUGCAUUUUCGUGGAUAUUUGAUUUCUUGGUUUUGCCAAUCUCUGCGUGCAAAACCUAUAGAAAAUUUGUAAUUCGUGGUUUAACUGUACCCAUGAAACUAAAGACAAUUGGUAUUCAACGAAUAAUAAUGAAUCCACAGUAAUUGACAAUUCAUCAUCAUAUCAAAACCAGUUUCUUGCAGUAAAUAAGCCCUUUUAUAUAUAAUUACUUGUUAUGCGAAGCUUUUGAUAUCACACGAUAUUUGCUUUACAUAUGCAUCACGAUGGGAAACAUUUUUUUCUCAUAUAAGAACAUGCCAUCUGAAGAAAAAUAACGUUAUGAUUGGUUUACUGAUUAUGUGACUAAGAUUAUGUUGCCUUGUGUGAGUUAUAAAUACAGAACGUUACGGAUAGGAGAAUACAUUAUGUAUGAAAAAAAAUAAAAAGAUAUGCUAUCAUUUGAUAUCAAUGAUAAACAUUUUAACUCUUACAAGAUUAAGAAAUAAAUCAAAUAAAAAUGCUUUUCAAAUAAUUUAAUUCAGUUAUUUAUACCACAGACAAAAAUACUUUGACUUCAUGUCAAUGAACCUCACAAAAAAGUAGAACAAAAUGUUUUGAAUGCACGACACUGUGCAUUUUUCAGCAAUUUUAGCUUGUAAACGAACAUCAGCAGAUUUAGUUAUGAAAAAACUAGUUAAAUGAAUUCGUUACUGGCAUCACAAAAAAAUACGUUUUCAAAAUCAAACAGAUCAAUACAAAGUGCAUAAAACUUUUUUGUAUGUCAGGAAAUGAUUCUUACCUGCGCGAUCGAAUGAAUGUACAUCUAAAAGAGACUGACUCAUAACUGCAACGUUACGUUACAAUUUACUUCAUUAAUUAAAUUAUCGUACAUGAAAAUCACUAAGAUGAGAAACCGGUUCGACGAAAAAUGCAAUGAACUAUAGUUGUUAAUUUCUAUGUCAUUUGGUCUCUUGUGGAGAGUUAUAUCAUUGGCAAUCAGACCACAUCUUAUAUAUAAAGGACUUUAUGAGCAUAUUGAACUUUAUUUAUUUUAAAACUUAUAUAUAUAUAUUAAGUUUCAGGUGUAUUUGCUUCUUCUGUAUGUUUUGUCAUGAUCGUUUAUUUUUGUAAUUUAUAUCAAUUUAUAUCAAUUAC